AUGCCGCCACGUAAGCGCAGGACAACUGAGCUUGAACGUUUGGGCGUGCACCUCGAGGAAAGCGUGUCGGACGCUGUACCCGUGCGACGUCAGGUGCGAUCACGGACGACGGAACGUGUUCGCGGAGGCCGGCACGAUGAUGAAACAACGGAGCAGGUGCAUUUGACGGGGUCAGACACAUCGGAUACACAGAAGCAGCCAAAGCCUAUGCCAGUUCAGCAGAAGCAGCCCAGAGCUGCCGUAUUGCAGACGCCGAAAGAAACGCUUUCCGAGCAGCUUGAUCGUGCGCUAUCUCCGUUGCUCCCGUUUCUCUCUUGGCCUCUGCAUGAUUCGAAAGAUUCUGAACUUGAAGAUGCGCACUGGCAAGCCCAGCUGGAAGCCGCUGCGACCCAAACUGAGCAUUUCGUGGAAGAGCUGGGAAAAGAUGCGUCCCAUGAAUCAGGAAUUGACGCAGCACUCGCCCAGGCGCUCUGGUGUCUCUAUCUCGCGAGCGCUAGCUCUUUUGAAGCAGAACCCAAGCGCAGCGUCGUGACUUGGCCAGAUGUCGCACGAACGCGGUGGACCCAGCUCCUGCGGCGCCUUCUGCAUCGGAACUUGCUUAGCAAGGCGGUUCUCGUGCGUUGGCUCCCGCCUGAGAGCUGGCAACAAACCGGUUUGGUGAGCGAGCUCGACGAGCCGGCACAGUGGACGCGGUCAGUGCGGCGACUUCAUACCCGAAUACAUUACACUCAACCAGUGUACCAGGUUUUCCGGGAACAGCCGCUAGGUUUUGCAAGUCUGCUCAGUGCUUUCACAAUCUGGAUGGAAAACGCAGAUGCCUUUUCUACUGACACCAAACUAGACGCAUCGAGCAACAUGAAACCCGAUCACGCCCUAGAUGCGAUCGUUAACGAGCAUCUAUCGACUUUUCACAUAGAAACAAACCGAGCAUACGACUUGGGCAUCCAAAUGCUGAUCGCUAUCCAUGAAUGGAAACUGCGGCAGCAUCGAAAGGCUGCACUGCUCAACUCGGGGCCUGCGGCUGGCCCUGGAGCUGAACUGCCGCAGCCACGAACGCCAGAGGAGCAGCAGCAGCAGCAGCAACGGCACUCGCUGCCCGAUUCCGGUGUCUGUAUCCGUUGCCGGACGCUAGUCGAGAUCGAACAGGCCUUGAUCAACUGGCUACGAGGUGUCCCGUCUCGUAACGCUGCGCAGCUCUUGGGGUUCCGGCUCCAGCAGCUGCAGUCCGCUGCGGCCUGUGUGACGUACCAAAAAGCGGUGCCCGAAGAGCGCCUACCGGAGGCAGUGUUUCUGGUGGCCGCACGUCUCAUUCACGAGAGAAUCGUCUCACUGGAACAGCUGUGGCCUCAUGUGGUGAACGCGGAUUAUGAGGACGCCGCCACCGUCGGAACUGACGCAACGCUAGCAACGAGUGGGCAGACAUCGACAACCGCGUCGCCACCGCCAAAACGAAACACUGCUGCAGAUGCGCGUUCAGCGAGAGCAGCGCCCAUAGACCCAGCGAGCGCUGUCCAAAGCAAGCCCUGGGAUGAGCUGGGAGCCUUCAUCACUGCCCAAACGAAAGCACUUGCGCGCGUGCGCCUGGUUGAACGCGACUGCAGCAGAGAGCAGGCGUCAGCAUCGGAGCGGGGUUCGCAGGCAUCAGCGGCUACGGCCUCGCGCGAGACAGACAACGCUACCAAAGCGGUCGACGCCGUCUACGAUGCCCUGAGCAUGCGAGGCAUUCUUGCACCAAUAGCUGGCGAACUUGCUCUCUUGGCUGCACUGAUCGACUAUGAUGAGUUGCAUCUGGUCGAAACCUGGAUCCAGCGUGUGUGGCUGGCAGACCUGACCGAGAACGCUACCCUUUGGCACUGCCGGCGGGAGCUUGUCUACGCAGCUGCUCCGCUUCGAUAUGCCCUGUUUGCCUACAUCAUGCGUCAUAUUAGUCAAGUUACGGGAAACGGAUCCCGCGUCGUGAUGGCGACCGGCGCUGACGCUGCCGCGGCUGAGCCCAGCGACGAGAACAACCAUGCCAACGACACCAGAGCACUGCUUCUUCGUGUUUGGCGCCUGCUCGGUGGUCAUCUCGUUCAGCGUCCGGAGCUUUUCAAGGCGAUGUGGUCUAUUGUGAGCAGUACGAGAGCAGUGAAGCGUGCUGAUCCUGCUGUUGAUGCGCAUGAAGCACAGGUAGAUUCCACAGUAUCCGCCUUCUGGGCGGGUGACGGAAUUCUUCCUUGCUCGCCUCUACUUGCUGUGCUGUUCUCCCAGGGGAGCGCGGCGGUUCCAGGUUGGCUCUUCGGAGAUGCUAACGCUGCACUUUCCUCGCUGCCCUAUGCCUACCGUUAUGCUUUGUACCUGAAUGCCUGUGCGACCUGCGUGCGUCUUUCGAGCUCAGCUGAGCCACGUGCUUCCGUACUGAUCCCGUUCUGGCAUGCCCUGUACCGAAGCAUGAGUCGACGUCUGCUACGUCGACUCGCCGGCGAUACGAUUGGUUACAUUGCCAAGUCGCUCGAGCCGAUGCUCUACAGUGAACCGUGGGCUGUAGCGCGCAUCAUCCUGGACCAAGUUCAAAGCUACGAUAACCUCGUGGAGCCUGUUGUGGAGAUGCUUAUGUGGCUGUUGCGAGCUCGGACGGACCUCAGUUCCGCCUCAGACGGGGAGCGAGUGCAUGCGCUCGCUUUCGCGCUCGAUGUCUUCUUCGCGCUGUUCGUCGAGGAAUUAGCGGGAUCUGCACAGAACGGAACCCAAAGACCUCGCAUUCGCUCUCAAGAAAGCGGUGGCAGUCUGGCGAGCUGGUUCCUCAACACCAUUGAACUCGUUGUACAGCUCAGUCGGCGCAUGGUAGAGCACCUUGCUGCACUUUUGCCGUCAAAUGAGAACGAGAUCCAUGGCUACGAAAGCGUCGAUCCGGCGUUCACUCUGCAGCAAGUGCUGCAGGACUGCUGGCGUGCGCUCUUACAGCUGGCUGAAAGGCGCAUCAUCCGGGGUGAUUACGCAUUCUACGCGCUCAUUCAGCGAGCCCUGGAAUGCAUGGGCGGCAUUCAACCAUGGGAUGAUGAGAUGCUCAACAACAGUGGUCUAGAAUCGCUGGCAAGGCCAGCGAUUGAGCAGCCAACAAACGCCGAGACAUGGCGUUUCCUGCAGACGGUGUUUGAGCCAGAGACGGCAGACGCAAGCUCCCCUACGCUUGCGCUGCUCGUGGCACUCGACGCUGCCAAACAUGAGUUGCUCCAGGAACUCGCGGCUGGCAAGUGGCCGCUGCGGACGGCUACCGUGCUUCUAGAUGCCCUGCAUGCGACUUUUCUCCAACUGGCCAGUUUCGGAGAGAGGCAGCGCGCGGCCUCGACAACGGUGACACAGUUGUCUAGUACAGAAUCUGCAUCGACCUGUUCCGCUGAACGUUCAUCAUCUGCACCGAGUCUGGGUCUCGAGAAAAUCGGCGACUCACUUUGCAUGGAAAGUUUCCUGUGCUUGUGUCGCAUGUGGGGAUACAGUCGUCCGUCGGCACCACUGGCCGAAACAUCUCGAGUCGACGUGCUUGAGCGGCGGCUUGGCGUUAUGAUAGCUGAAGCCGACACUCACCAUCAAGAUCGCUUGCGCAAAGCCGGGGUCGCGAGCUUUGCCGAGCUCGUCUCGCUUGAAUGGCUUCACGCUUUCUGGCGCAAUGAACAGCCGCCCGACGGCCCGAAGUCCUGCGCCUUGGGCACGCGACCGUUUGACGACAUCGUCAACGCGGAGAACGACCCCGAGCAGCGGAAUAUGCGCAUACAGAUUGUUGCCGAGUUUCUCCUCGAGCGCUGCUUCCUGCCGUGGGUCCUGAUGAAGCCAGCUGCCUACAACAGUGCCAUUGCGUGGAUAGAGUUGCUUGCGCAGGAUCCAAAUCCGACGCCCUUCAAUGUGCUGCUCCUGCUUACACUUCUUUUCAAGACAGCUUUUCUGCAGAUCGUGGGUAUGACCCGCCUAGAGUGCAUUCGCCUCGCUCGCUUCGUGCGUCAGGCGCUGCGUCUCACGGAUCGAUGGCUUCGAUACGGACCCGAUGCGUGGCAAAGAUAUCGCUGUUCCAGGGUGACUUUUCAGGGGCGUGGCGGUACUCCGUGUCAAUGGGCGCAGUACGUCCUCUGGCACGGAAUCAUGCGCGAAAAGAUGCUCAACACAGUCUGUGAAGCGCUGGAGAAGCUGCCCGAGUCGCUGGUUCACGAUCCCUCAAUGCAGGACGCUAACGCGGGGUCGCCGCUCCUGUCCACGACGACGGCAAGCGCACCAGGCCCCCAGGAUGCGCCAUCCCGAACCGAUUCGUUGGAAGAGCACCGCCACAUGACGCUGGGCAAUAUGUUGCGGGCGUUGAACGUUAUGGUAGAAGAGUUCCCGUCGCGUAACCAGACUGCUUCUGAACGUAUGGAAAAGGCACUAACCAAACUAAUCGAGCACGAGCAGAACGCGACCGAGGAUCAACAGCACACCGAUAUCCUGACGCUCGCAACAAGCUACCUGGGCCACCUCCGCAGUCGUCAGCGUUGCGCCGCGGCUCGCCAGCGGGCAACAGCGCCACCCGCAGCGAGCAGUGUACCGGCCACGUCCCGUAUGGGAUCCAAGGAGCGCGCCACAAACGGCGCGCUCAUCGAGAAAGCGUCGUCCAAGCACCUAGAUGUGUCCACAGAGGCUGCGGCCGCUACGCAUCAGCCGGACAGUCGUCACAAGACAGCGCCCGAUCACCAAACCGGGGCGGCAGCGCAGCGGCGCUCUGACGAGACGCCCCAGCGCAACCCUGAUGGGCGUCGUCCACAGCGCGGAGCCCGCACAUCGAGGCCUUCGAGGGUGCGGCAUUGGCGCGGCAGCGGCGCCCAAGCGCGGAGUCGAGUCACCGCACUAGCGCUCGCGGGAACCAGCUGGACCCAAAGGACGUAUCACAGGCUCGUGCUGCUGCGUCGACGGCAUCACAGCGUCCACACAUGCGCCAAGCGCGGUCGCAACCUAGUGGAGCUCCUUACGACACCGCUGAAGACAGCAGUAGUUGGAAAGGCUCUCGGAGGACCCUAG